CAUUCCUAUUUUCAAUUCUUUGGCGACAGAACACGCAACAAUUUCAUCUAUUCCGGAAAAAUCUUUAUAUUUUGUGACUUCACAGUAGCAGUAGAUUUUACAAAAAGUAUUCAGAAGUUUUGUUUUUUUUUUCUGUAAAAAUAAAUCGAAAUGUUUCGUGUAACGCAGCGGUUUGUCUCUCGAGUUAUGCAGAUUCGUCUGUCAAAACCAGUCAUCAAGCGGAAUUACUCGCAGAUGAUAAACCAGAUGCUGCAAAUUCAGCAGAUGGAAAUAUGUGCGGACCCGCCCUCUAGAGGUCUUAUUAUCGGUGUGUAUGCGGAUGAGGAAGACAAGAAUGAUGCCGGCAUCCUAACACAGGCCGGCUGGCGGUAUAAUGUGCAGAAGACACAUGGACGAUUGCUGGAGGUGCUACGCAUGUCGGGGCCCAUGCCAAAGCGCGGAGAAACGCGUGUGCUCUUCGCAAUUGAACCAGAGCGUGUGCCUUACUACUCGGCGGUGGCUGUCAUUGGCCUGGGGAAAGAGUGCUUGGGUUACAACCCCUAUGAGGUGCUCGAUGAGCAGAAGGAGGCUAUCCGUCGUUCUGUGGCUGAUGCUUGUCGGAUCCUGGCUGAACUGGAUACUGACAGAAUUGAAGUCGAGAACUGUGGUCAUGCCGAGUCUGCAGCCGAAGGAGCAGCACUGGGCAUUUGGGUGUACCAGGAGCUGCGUGAUCCAAAACGGCGUAUGUCAAUCCCUUCCAUUGAUCUGUACACCACCAAGGAUGAGAUUUGCGACAUUGAAGGUUGGCGCAUUGGACUGCAGAAAGCUGCUGCACAGAAUCUAACUCGACAGCUUCAGGAAAUGCCUUCCAAUUUACUGACACCAACGGCAUUCGCCCAAAAUGUUGUCGAGGUUCUGUGUAAGUCGGGUGUUAAUGUGGAAGUCAAGGUAGAGGGCUGGGCCGAGAGCCAGUCGAUGCAUGCCUUCCUGGCAGUUGGCAAAGCUUCUUGUGAACCACCCAUCUUCCUCGAACUGAGCUACUACGGCACUUGUGCAGAGGAGCGUCCCAUCGUACUUGUAGGACAGGGUGUGACCUUUGACGCAGGCGGCUUGUGCCUUAAGGAACGUCAGGAACUGUACCAUAUGCGUGGCGACAUGACAGGAGCAGCUGUUGUAGUAGCCACCUGCCGUGCCGUAGCGGGUUUACGUUUGCCAGUCAACAUUCGCGGUCUCAUUCCACUUUGUGAAAAUGUCAUUGGUUGCAAUUCAUUCCGUCCCGGUGACAUGGUCAAAUCGAUGAAUGGCAAGACUAUCGAAGUUCAAUGUACCGACCAUGAGGAUGUCUUGGUCUUAGCUGACGCAUUGCUCUAUGGCCAGAACUUCUGUCCAAAGUGCAUCAUUGACAUUGGCACUUGCUCGGGUUACAUGCGCCAAGCCUUGGAUGAGGCCGCUUGUGGUGUAUUUACAAAUUCUGAAAUCUUAUGGCAACAAAUUAAGCAUGCCAGCAUGCAUACUGGCGAUCGCGUCUGGCGCUUACCCUUAUGGAACUAUUAUAGUAAAACUGUACGCUCUGGUGGACGUAGUGAUGUUCAGAAUUAUGGUAUUGGUCGUGGUGGUCGCCCCUGCAAAGCCGCUGCCUUCCUCCGUGAAUUUGUGCCUUGCGGACAAUGGAUGCAUAUCGACGCAACAAAUGUGAUGGUAACGGACGGUAUGGAAUUCGAGUAUUUGAGAAAAGGCAUGGCUGGUCGCCCAACUCGCACAUUAAUAGAAUUUAUCGCACAGACUAUUUGCAAAGAUACUGCACCAAAGAUGAGCAAGUAGGCACGCGUUACAUUUUGAACCAAACACAAUUGAAGUUUUCCAGUUUUUCAAGUGGAAGGUUUUUUACGACUAGACCUCGGGCUUAAGUUUUGAGUUUUAAUUUGGGACACAGAUAUGUUUAAAUUCAGUGGUUUAAUUAGGUUUAUAAAAUUAAAUGUUUUAUCAAAAGCAUGUGUAUAAAUACAGAAUAUUAGUAUA